AUGGCAACUUUUAACGAGGAGGAUCAUAAAAAACGUUCAUAUUCAAGAAUUCAUCCAAUCUCUGAUGAUGACGAAAUUGUCAUUACAGGAAUGUCGGGAAGAUUUCCGAAUUCCGAUAAUGUUGCUGAGUUUAGCAAUAACCUUUAUAACAAGGUUGACAUGGUUGAUGAUGCUGAAAUCCGAUGGAGGCAUACGAAUCCAGAAAUUCCAAAGAGAAUGGGAAAUAUUGGUCGUCUUGAAAAAUUCGAUUCAGCAUUUUUUGGAGUUCAUUUUAGACAAGCUCAUAGUAUGGAUCCACAAUGUCGUUUAUUAUUGGAGCACGCAUACGAAAGUGUGUUAGAUGCGGGAAUUAAUCCGAAGUCUCUUCGCGGGACACGAACGGGAGUUUUUAUUGGUGCUUGUUUUGCGGAAUCUGAGAAAACUUGGUUUUAUGAAAAAGUUCCUGCUGGAGGUAUUGGUUUAACGGGAUGCGCAAGAACUAUGUUAGCAAAUCGUAUUUCAUAUACAAUGGGUUUAACGGGUCCUUCAUUUUUGAUGGAUACUGCUUGCAGUUCAAGUAUGUAUGCUCUGGAUUUGGCUUUUAAUGCAUUACGAAACGGUGAAUGUGACGCUGCUUUGGUUGGCGGCGUAAAUUUAUUAUUACAUCCUCAUGUGACAUUACAAUUUGCAAGAUUGGGUGUUCUUUCGGAAGAUGGAUAUUGUCGUCCUUUCGAUGAAAACGCGAAUGGAUAUACGAGAUCAGAAGCUGUUUGUGUACUUUUUUUGCAAAGAGCACGUGAUGCGAAACGUGUUUACGGCACUUUGGUAUACUCAAAAGCUAAUUGCGAUGGAUUCAAAGAAGAAGGUAUCACAUAUCCAUCAGGAAAAAUUCAACGUCAACUUUUGACAGAAUUUUAUAAAGAAAUUGAUAUUGAUCCUCGUACAAUCGAUUAUGUCGAAGCGCAUGCAACGGGAACUGUUGUUGGAGAUCCUGAAGAGUGUUAUGCAAUCGAUCAAGUUUUUUGUCAAGGGCGUGAGAAGCCUCUUUCUAUUGGUUCUGUAAAAUCCAAUAUUGGACACAGUGAAUCAACAUCAGGUUGUUGUUCUGUCGCAAAAGCUUUGCUUGCAUUUCAUAAAAGUUUGAUCCCGCCAAAUAUCAAUUUUGAGAAAGUUCGAUCGACAAUUCCUGCGUUAACUGAAGGCCGUUUGAGUGUCAUAACUGAACCGACGCCAUUGGAAGGUCCUUUGAUAGCAAUUAAUUCAUUCGGUUUUGGAGGAGCUAAUGCACAUGCAUUGUUGCGAGGAAAUAUGAAGCACAAAGUAAAUCAUGGAAUACCUGAAGAUACGUUACCUCGUCUUCUUGUUUGGUCUGGAAGAACAGAACUCGCAUGUAAUACUAUAAUUGAUGAUGUUUGCAAACGCCCAUUAGAUGCUGAAUACAUCGCAUUAUUGAAUAACAUCCAAAGCGAUACGAUUCCUGCUAAUUUGUUCCGUUCUUAUGGUGUUUACGUAAAUGACAAUGGGAAAAAUGCACUUUGUGUAGCAAGAGAAGUUCAACAUCAUACAGGUCUUAAACGCCCGAUUGUUUUUGUCUUCUCCGGAAUGGGAUCUCAAUGGAUCGGGAUGGGAACAUCACUCAUGCAAAUACCUAUUUUCCGUGAUGCAAUUUACGAAUGUCAUGAAACAUUGAAACCUCAUGGAUUAGAUUUGCUCAAUAUUAUUACCUCAAACGAUCCUCAAACGUUUGACAAUAUUUUACACUCAUUUGUGGGAAUUGCUGCAAUUCAAAUCGGGCUUGUUGAUAUCUUAAACGCUUUAAAUAUCGUUCCUGAUUAUAUCAUUGGUCAUAGCGUUGGCGAAUUGGGAUGCGCUUACUCCGAUGGAUGUCUUUCACGUGCUGAAAUGAUACUUUGUGCGUAUUCCAGAGGUAUGGCGAGUUUAGAAACGGAAGUUGUAUUUGGAUCAAUGGCUGCUGUAGGGUUAGGAUAUAAAAAGAUACGCUCAAUUUUACCAAUAGGAGUUGAAGUUGCUUGUCACAAUAGUGCAGAUUCAUGUACUAUUUCGGGACCCGCAGAAAAUAUUUCCAAUUUUGUAAAAGAACUCAAAUCAAAAGGAGUUUUUGCAAAGGAAGUACCAACGUCAAAUAUUGCAUAUCACAGUAAAUAUAUAUCGGAAAUGGGACCAAAGCUUAUGACACGUUUAAAAGAAGUUAUUAAGUCUCCAAAGAAACGUUCAGAAAAAUGGUUGAGUUCGAGUGUACCAAAAACAAAAUGGGAUAAGCACGAAAGUCAAUAUUGCUCGGCUGAAUAUCAAACUAAUAAUUUGUUAAGUCCCGUUUUGUUUGAAGAAACAGCUGCUCUUUUGCCUGAGAAUGCAUUGACUAUUGAAAUUGCUCCCCAUGGUUUGUUACAAGCGAUCUUGAAAAAGAGCAUGACUUCCGCCGUUCAUGUAAAUCUAACGCAAAGAGACAACAAAGACAAUAUCAAUGUUUUGUUCACAGGUUUAGGAAAACUGUAUAUGAAUGGCGUUGAUAUUCCAAUAGAGAAAAUGUAUCCGCCUGUUGAAUAUCCUGUAUCGGCAAGCACUCCGUUGAUUUCCCCUCUUAUCAAAUGGGAUCACAGUGAAGAUUGGUUCUUGGCGAAAUUCGAUACAGUGAAGGAUAGUCGAAGCGGAGAGAGAACAUGUAAAAUCUCCUUGACAGAUCACGAUUAUGAAUAUGUUACAGGACACGUAAUUGAUGGAAGAGUGCUAUUUCCUGCAACUGCAUAUCUCUUUUUAGUUUGGGAGACUGUUGCACUCAUGCAUGGAAAGUUCUAUGCUGAUGUUCAACUCGAAUUUCAAGAUGUCAAAUUCUUACGUGCUACUGCAAUGCAAAAAGAUACAGAAGUCGUUUUUAUUGUUAUGGUUCACAGAGGAACAGGACAAUUUGAGAUUACGGAAGGAAAUAGUCCUGUUGUUACAGGAACAGUAAACAUUUUGGAACAAGCUAAAUUUACUGAACUUCCCGAAACUCCAACUAUUAAUCCCAAUGACACAAUUUUCAAUACACGUGAUUUUUACAAAGAACUUCGUCUUCGUGGUUAUCAUUACGAUGGCGAAUUUAAAUCUGUUAUUGAAGCACGUACUGAUGGUUUAUCGGGCAAAGUCAAAUGGAAUCUCAAUUUUGCAUCUUUUAUGGAUUGCAUGUUGCAACUCUUGAUUGUCGCAAAAGAUACAAGACAUUUAAUUAUUCCAACGGGAAUUGAUCGUAUUGUAGUAGAUCCCUUGAAACAUUUCAACAUGGCUAAAGCACUCGGGGAUGUAGAAAAUACAGUUUUCGAUGUGAAAGUUUGCAAUGAAUUAAAAAUUAUUCAAAGCGGAGGAAUUGAAAUUCAUGGUCUUCGUGCAAAUGCAAUUGCUCGUCGAAAACCUCCAGGUAUUCCCGUUCUUGAAUCGUAUGAGUUCAUCUCUCAUUUACCAUCACGAAAACUUGCUGUUGAAGAUGCUGCUCGAGUUUUGGUCCAACUUGGUUUCGAAAAUGCUUAUUCGUUGAAAGUAAAAUCUGUUGAAGUUGAUGACGACAAAAGAAAACCCAUUAUUCAAUUCUUUAACGAUGCAUUGGGAGACUUACCAUUAGUGUCUUCAGAAGCAAUGUACUUGACAAAUAACGAAUGUGAACUGUCGGGUGUUCAUGUUGAAGAUGGAAAAUUAUCCUCUCUCACAAAUUGUUCUUUUGUUAUUGCAUCAAAAUGGACCAACAAUGCGACAUUUGUCGAAACCGCUAUUGGAUGCAUAAAGGAUAAGGGUUAUUUAAUAUCUCGUGAAGAUCUUUCAACAGAUUUUACAAAACUUACCGUUCCUGCAUCAUGUAGACUUGUUUGUGCAAUCCCAACUGAUACAGAAUUGUUUGUUAUGUUCCAAUAUGUGAAACGAAAGAUCUUUGAAACAACAUCUGUUAUUAAAGUUAGUUCACAAGAUAUCGAAUAUAGUUGGAUUGAUGAAGUUAAAACUACAGUUGCUAAUGGAAAUGGUCAAGUAAUGAUCGUUGCAGAAAAAGAAUCUUAUUCAGGAAUUCUUGGAUUAGUAAAUUGUUUAAGAAGAGAACCUUUUGGGCAAACAGUGACUUGUGUAUUUGUUGCUGAUCCAGAUGCUCCUGCUUUCGAUUCUGAACAUCCAUUAUACAAAGCUCAAUUGAAAUUAGGCCUCGCAAUUAAUGUUUAUCAAAAUGGAAAAUGGGGUUCUUAUCGUCAUCUAAAAAUUAAACAAGAAACAGAACUAAAGCCUGAAUCGAGAGAAUGGUUUGUUGAUGCACUGACACGCGGUGACUUAUCAUCAUUUAAAUGUCUUCAACGAAAUCCUUACGAUAUAAAUGAAAUGGAAAAUUUGCCUCUUAAAAUAGUUUACUCAUCUCUCAACUUCCGUGAUGUGAUGUUGGCAUCUGGAAAAUUAUCUGACAAUUAUUUAAACAAGAAACGAGAUUUUAAUGAUUGUUCACUCGGUUUGGAGUUUUCUGGAGUUACAGAAUGCGGCACUCGCAUUAUGGGAAUGAUCAAAAGCGGAGCAAUGACAAGCAAUUUAAGAGCCGAUCCUGUUUUAACAUGGGAAGUUCCUGCUCAUUGGACAUUAGAAGAAGCUGCUACAAUUCCUGUCGUUUAUUCAACCGUUUAUCAUGCGCUUUUCCAAACAGUUUCCAUAAAAAAAGGCAAAAAAAUUUUGAUUCAUUCAGGUACGGGAGGUAUUGGAUUAGCUGCAAUUCGCGUAUCACUCGCAUACGGUUUGGAAGUUUUCACAACAGUCAGUUCGCAAGAAAAACGUAAAUUCUUGUUGAACACUUUCCCUCAAUUACAAAAUUCUCAUAUUGGUUAUUCGAGAGAUACAAGUUUCUAUGACAUGGUUAUGAUUCAAACGAAUGGAAAAGGAGUUGAUUAUGUUUUAAAUUCAUUGGCGGAAGAAAAACUUCGUACUUCUAUCAAAUGUUUGGGAAAUGAAGGACACUUCCUUGAGAUUGGAAAGUUUGAUAUGGCAAACGACAAUAAAAUUGGUUUGAGUCAUUUCUUAAAUGAAAUAUCUUUCCAUGCAGUAUUGCUCGAUAAUCUUUUCCAAGGCACAGUAGAGCGUAAAAAAGCACUUGCAGUAAAUAUUGAUCGUGAUAUACGCAACGGCAUCAUAGUUCCUUUAAAAACAACAGUUUUUCCAAUUAAUGAAGUAGAACAAGCAUUCCGUUUCUUAGCAACUGGAAAACAUAUAGGAAAAGUUCUUCUUAAAGUACGAGAAAGUGAAUUCGAUAAGCAAACUUUACCCAUUAACUUCCAUCCGAGAAUUUAUUUCAAUCCAAACUUGACAUAUGUCAUUCCCGGAGGAUUAGGAGGCUUUGGUCUUGAAUUAGCAGAUUGGAUGAUCAUCAGAGGAUGUCGCAAAUUAGUUUUGAGCUCAAGUAGAGGAAUAUCUCGCCCUUAUCAAUCUUAUAGAAUUAACUUAUGGAAAUCAUACGGAGCAAAAGUAAUUGUUAGCACAAGCGAUAUAACAACACAAAACGGUUGUUUAGAGCUCAUUCAAGAAGCAACAAAAUUGGGUCCUGUUGGAGGAAUUUUCAAUCUUGCUGUAAGACUUCGCGAUGCCAUUUUCGAAAAUCAAGAUCCUGUCAAAUUUGCUGAAAGUAUUGCUGUAAAAGCAAAUGCUACAAAAUAUUUGGAUGAAAUAUCAAGACGACUUUGUCCAAAAUUGGAAUACUUUGUCGUCUUUUCUUCCGUAUCUUGUGGACGAGGAAAUGCAGGUCAAACAAAUUAUGGAAUGGCAAACUCCAUUAUGGAACGUAUCAUUGAAGCGAGAUAUAAAAAAGGUCUUCCCGGAAUCGCUAUUCAAUGGGGAGCAAUUGGAGAAGUUGGUUUAGUUGCGGAUAUGCAUGAAAAUUCAAACAUUGAUAUGGAAAUUGGCGGAACAUUGCAACAAAGAAUUUCGUCUUGUUUACAAGAACUUGAUACUCUUUUGAGUGCUAACAAGCCUGUUGUUAGUUGCAUGGUUGUAGCAGAGAAGAAAUUUAAAGGUAGCGGAAAGGGAGGCGUUUUAGAAGCUGUAAUGAAUAUCAUGAGCAUUCGCGAUAUAAAAUCCGUUAGUUUCGACACAAAAUUAAGUGAGCUCGGAAUGGAUUCAUUAAUGGCAGUUGAAAUUAAACAAACUUUAGAACGAGAAUUCGAAAUAUUUCUCAGUGCAAUCGAUGUUAGAACGUUAACUUUCUCCAAGUUACAAACACUUGCUGAUGAGAAAAAUAACGAAAAAGAAGAGGUACAUUUGAAAUAUGCUAAAAGCGAUUCGCCUCAAGGCGUUGGAAUGUUAAUGCGUAAUUUUGGCGACGAAUCACAUUGUGAACAAACGUUACUUCGACUAAAUAGUCAAAACAACAGCGAAAACAUCGUAAGUGGUUUAGUUCUGAUUCCUGGAAUAGAAGGAGUUGCGGGAGAUAUAUAUCGACAAGUUGCCAAUGAUCUAACAUUACCAUCGUUCAUUUUACAAUCGACAAACAAGGGACAUAUGACAUCUUCAAAGGAAAUUGCUGAAUCUGUUUUUAAUGAAAUUUUCCAAACUGUCUUCAAAAACACAGAAUUUUAUUAUUUGGUAGGAUAUUCUUUCGGAGCAGCUGUCACACUCGAGCUUGCAAGAAUGCUUGAAGAACAGGGUUUGAAAGGUCAUGUAAUAUUAAUUGAUGGCUCUCCUCAAUUUUUGAAACAACUUGCUUUGGAUCAAAUAAAAUUAGUUUCCGACAGCAGCGAAGAUGAAGACAAGAAAUUCCAAAAUAUAAUUCUUAUGGCGUCAUUAGGAGUCAUAUUUCCGGGAGAAGAACUUGAAUAUUGGAAUACAAUUGAAACAGUUGGUUCAGAUUGGAAUAAACGACUUGACAAACUUGUUGAAGUUGGCGUCAACCACAAUAUUUACAGCGGAGAUUAUACGAGAAAAAUGUUGAAUGCUUUGAUAAAUCGUUUCAAAAUGGCUGCUGAAUUCUCUACUGACGAUGCUUUCCAAAUCGAGUCAGAUAUAACUCUUGUUAGACCGACAGAAGUUUCUGUAAUGGAUAUAGAUGAAGAUUAUGGUCUAUCUUCUUACACAAAAGGACAUGUAAAUUUGAAAUUCAUCGAUGGCAAUCACUCUACAAUGUUAGAAAAUCCAAAACUCAUUCAAAUUAUCAACGAGUUUGAUCCGUUCCUUCAAUCUGAACGUACAUUUGUAAGUUACAUGAAAGAUAUAAAAAACAUUAUUCCUUUGUAG